AUCAUAACUUCUCCUCAGAAAAGGAACUUGGCUUCAGCCCCUUGAUCAUUUUUUGUUCCUGUCUCUGAACGUUUCCAUCUCCACAAUAUCCUUUGUGAGAUGGGGCAAGCAGAACUGGGCAGUAUUCCAAGUGUGGCCACACCAAAGAGUUGAAUAAAGGAGUUAUGAUAUGGGCAAUUUUAUUUUCAAUUCCAGUCCUAAUGAUCAUCCCCCCCCCAGCUGUUGCACACUGGGUCCACAUUUGCACGGAACUGCCCACUGCAAGCCCAAGGUCUCAUUCCUGAUGAGUCGCCACCAGACCCCAUUCAUGUAUAUGUGAAAAAGGGAUAUAUAUAUAUUGUGCCUACAUGCAUUGCUUAUACUCUUGCUUACAUACAAUUGCAUUUGUCAUUUUACUGCCUGUUUCAUUCACCCAGUUUAGAUAUGCCCUUCUGGAGUGUCCAGCAAUCCUCUUUCCUUCUCACCACCCUAUGAGACAGACGGAUGCCAGCAACAUCCCCCAACAACAGCAGCAAUCUUGAGCAAGCAAGCAUGUCUAUCUCAACCACUGCUCACCCCCAAUUCUAGAUCAUGUAUGAACAAGUUAAAAAGCACAGGCUCCAACACUAAACAUCAGAAAAAACUUUCUGACAGUAAGAGCUGUUCAUCAGUAGAACAGUGUCCCUUGGAAGGUGGUGGACUCUCCUUCCUUGGUGGUUUUUAAGCAGAGGUUGGACGGCCGUCUUGUCAGGGAUGCUUUAGUUGAGAUCCCUGCAAUGCAGGGGGUUGGACUAGAUGACCCUCCGGGUCCCUUCCAACUCCACAAUUCUAUGAUACUGUUAUUCUAUACUGAUCCUUGGGGGAUUUGUCUUCCACCAGCUCAUAUCUAGCAUGACUGGGUGAUAAUACUAAUUUGUUGCUUAGUCAUGUCGGACUCUUCGUGACCCCAUGGACCAGAGCACGCCAGGCACUCCUGUCUUCCACUGGCUCCCGCAGUUUGGUCAAACUCAUGCUGGUAGCUUCGAGAACACUGUUCAACCAUCUCGUCCUCUGUCGUCCCCUUCUCCUUGUGCCCUCCAUCUUUCCCAACAUCAGGGUCUUUUCCAGGGAGUCUUCUCUUUUCAUGAGGUGGCCAAAGUAUUGGAGCCUCAGCUUCAGGAUCUGUCCUUCCAGUGAGCACUCAGGGCUGAUUACCUUCAGAAUGGAGAGGUUUGAUCUUCUUGCAGUCCAUGGGACUCUCAAGAGUCUCCUCCAGCACCAUAAUUAAAAAGCAUCAAUUCUUCGGUGAUCAGCCUUCUUUAUGGUCCAGCUCUCACUUCCAUACAUCACUACUGGGAAAAUAGUGUGGCGCAAAAAUGUAUAGGACAAGUUCAAAUACCUGCUGGAAAUGUAAAGAAAAAGAAGGUACCACUUAUCAUAUGUGGUGGUCGGUACCUACAAUUCCUAAUAAAAACGCUUCUGGUUGUUGUUGUUUUUUUAAAGGUUAUUUUAAACAUUUUCUUCAUUUCAUUAUAUAUCAUCUCCCAGAAAGCUUUUAUUACCUUACAAGUCCACCAAAGGAUUCUAAAGGAGCAAAAAAGACUAUUUAUGUAUGCAACAACAGCAGCAAAGAUGUUAUUAGCCCAGUGAUGGAAAGAAGAAAAAGUCCCUACCAGAGAGGAACGGCAAACCAAGUUGUUGGACUAUGCGGAAAUGGCAAAGCAGACUGGAAAACUCAGGAACCAAGAGGACAAAAACUUUAUAAAAGAAUGGGAAAACUUUAUAAGUUAUUUAGGAGAUCACUGUAAGCAGAUGGAAACACUGAAAGGAUUUUGAUUCCACUUGUAUUUUAACAAUUACCAUGGACAAUAUGGACUGGUAUAAAAGUUAGAGUUUGGAAGUAUAUGCAGCUGUAAAGGUUCAAAAUGGAACCCCAUGGAGGGGGUGGGGGGAAGUCGUGAGAUUCAGAGGAAUCUCUGCAUAUGGAUAUAUAUUCGGAUUAUUAUAAUUUUGUAUUUGUAAAAUAAAUAAAAAAUAUUUCAAAAUAAUAAAUAAAAUACCAAUAGUGUGGCAGGGGGCCCAAACUAUAUACACCAUUCCAAAGAAGGAAAGUCAUUGUGGUGGAAAACUCCUUCCCUGACCAACACCUACGUUUCAAGAGAGCCCCUGCAUAGGCAGAUGUAGGAUGUGGCGCUGUGGUCUAAACUACUGAGCCUCUUGGGUUUGCCAAUCAGAAGGUUGGCGGUUUGAAUCCCCGCAAUGGAGUGAGCUCCCAUUGCUCGGUCCCAGCUCCUGCCAACCCAGCAGUUCGAAAUCAUGCCAGUGCAAGCAGAUAAAUAGGUACCACUUUGGCGGGAAGGUAAAUGGCGUUUCCGUGCGCUGAAGAACUGCAUUGCAAAAUUCAAACAAAAGUGCGAAUUUUGAAAGAUAGUUUUGUUUUGUUUUGAAUAGUGCAAUUUGGGUAGUUUCUCAUGAAAAUGCAAACAAAAAUGAAAUUCUUCCCCAUCCCUAGGUGCCAUGCACCCUUCUGUAAUUCCGUCUCAUUAGUCAAACAAAAAUACAGCUUAUAAGGUAUUUGCGCUUUGGUUUCCGACAUGGUGUCCCGUUGCGCCAGAAGCUGUUUAGUCCUGCUGGCCACAAGACCUAGAAAAGCUGUCUGUGGACAAACACCAUCUCUCUCAGCCUGGAAGUGAGACGACUGCCGCAACCCCAUAGUCGCCUUUGACUGGCUUAACCAUCCAGGGGUCCUUUACCUUUUACCUUUGCUUCUCCCCACUCAGAGAAUCAUAGAAUUGUAGAGCUGGAAGGUACCCCAAGGAUCAUCUAGUCAUACGGGGAUUGAACCUGCAACCUUGGCAUUUUGAGGCCACACUCUAAUCAACUGAGCUAUCCAGCCUCAUUCAUGGAAGCCUCAGUCACACCUCAAUAUGGUUUAGCUGUAACCCAUAAUUGGAGCCGACUUAAGCAUCUUUCCAAAAGCCAAAGUCCAUUCUAAAAGCUGAACAACACAAACUGAGCAACUCACAAAAACGUUUUUUUUUUUAAAACAAGAACCAGCCCUAACCACCUAAUAAUGCUGCAAAUGUGUGACUGGUAUUGUGGUUGAAGAGAAGAGCUGCUCCGGAAAGAGAUGUUUGGCCAUCAGCUCAGGCUAUAGCAGCAAACCUCCAGUGCUCCUUCGACAGCCCUGCUCUCUGAGAGGCUUCUCUGCAGCCUUUGCUUGCCAAUGGAGGGCGAAGAUGGUUAUACUGCUUUGAACUUCCAGUCAAGGAGGGCUGCAUCAGGAACUGCCGCUGGAGCUCAGAAACAAGAUGCUUCUGGGCUUCCCUGUUGGUACCGGAUCACCCUGUGGGCAAGUGGCUUUGUGAUCAUCAUCCUGGGGGUGGCUGUGACAGUCUUGGCUUUGCAGUUGGAAGCUGACAAGGGAAAAAUUCUACUGAACAAUGGUGGAUGCAAUGCCUCAACAGUCAAGUUUCUGGCUUCCCUAAGACACAACUUCUGCAAUCAAAAUCAGUAUAAUUCCUCAGAUAAUUCCCCUUGCAAAGUGUGCCCUGUACAAUGGCACCUCCACAGGGACAAGUGCUACUGGGCAUCAGAAAAUAUUAAAAGCUGGAAUGAGAGCCAACAUGACUGUUCAACAAGGGAUUCUCAACUGCUGGUCAUCCAAGACAAGGAGGAGCUGGACUUCAUAAAAAACAUUACAAAAAAUGCAAAAUUCUGGAUCGGACUGUCACUAUCAUUAGCAGACAAUAAAUGGAUGUGGAUUACAGGCUCCCAGCUUGAUCAGAGUCUAUUUCCAGAACCAAAGUAUGCCAAAGGGAACUAUUGUGGCAAGAUAAAGUCUGAACUCGUCGCUGAAGCCUGCAGUAUUGAACUUAGAUGGAUUUGCCAGAAAGACUCUCUUUUACUGUAAUAUUUAAGCUUGAUACAGAUAAUAAUUAUGUGGGGUUUUGUUAUUUGCCAGGAGUGCACAAUUUUUAAAGACACUGAAUACCGAGAAGAUUAUGGAAGGCAUUUCUCUAUUUUCA